CAGCAGAAGGAAGGAUUACGAGCCGCCAAAUCGGUGGGCGCGCUGGAGUGUAAUUAGAACGAGGAGAUCAAACUGAACACGCACUUCGAAAUCCUUCAAUUCCAGAGUCCCGGACUUGUUCUCGCCCUUCCUGCGGCAGUAUUGCUGUUGCUCUGCCCUCGCAGUUUCGCGAAGUCUACCUGCGCGAAGCCCAUCCGCUGGGUCGACUGCUCCGAACAUGUCCCUUCGACCCUUGAUCUGACGGGUGUCAACCUCAACAACCUCCCUCCCACUCUCCACUGCGGCCAGCUCGAUGUCCCCAUGGACUAUUCCAGACCGCUCUCCCCAAAUAACACCAUCACGCUUGGGUUGGCCAUGUAUCGUCCGGCCAAGCCCAAAGGCGUAUUGUUUAUAAACACCGGAGGCAGCGACCCAGUAGCAGUAGCAGCGUGGCAGUUUGCCCUGGGUCAGACCACCGAGUUCUCAGGCCUCACAGACUACGACUUGAUGAUGAUGGAUGUCCGAGGUACUUACAGCUCAAAUCAACUUAAUGUCUCCCUUGAAGUAUUCGGCGGUUAUCCACUUGAAUAUCCCCAAAGCGAGGCAGAGUUUGAAGUCUUUCGACAAGCUUCGGCCGAGGUGUUCCAAUCUUGGAUCGGUUCCAGCUCCCCACCUGGUAUCAUUCAGUUCGUCGGGACGAAAGAGGUGGUGCGGGACUACGAAGAAAUCCGCAAGGCGCUUGGAUAUGACAAGGUUCAUUUCCUUGGGGAGUCAUAUGGCUCCUUCAGAGCUCAACGAUAUGCCCUCGCUUUCCCAAAAAGGGUCGGCCACUUUGCCCUCGAUGCUGUUGUGCCCUACGGACGCAAUCUAUACGACGAGGCACAGGACCACGUCAACUCGGUCAACCGGGGAAUGCUUCGGGCAGAUGCAUAUUGCCAGGCCGAGCCUUCGUGCCCCUUUCGAGAUCAGGGCGCAGGCAGCGUGCUCAAGGUCUUCCAAAAGAUCCUGGCGAAUCUCAAGCAAGCGGCGGAAGCAUGCACAGAUCCUACUGACUGCCCGGAUCUACUCCCCGUUCCGGCGGUCCAGCAAGCGAUGCUUUCGAGCCUCCAGGGCCAACCCGACUUCUCCACGAUCAUAAAGGCAUUGGAAAGUGCGGUGCAGGGAGAUUUCAGCGCUUUGCUAGGAGACCAAGGAGCACCUACAGUCGAGGGCGUCGUGGCGCUGCCCCUCGAAUGUGGCGAUAUUCCCUACAAUACAUACACCUAUUCGGAUUUCAAACGAGCACUGGAAGUAGGGUUGACUCGAGACGUGACCGGGAUUGGGAUGACACCAACUUGGCAGCUCCAGCUCUACUGUUCUGGGUAUCCAUUCUCAGUAUCUGGCCCACCCAACUUGCCAAUCUCGAAUAACAUGUUGCUGGUAACAGCAGAUUUUGACGUCGACGCCCCGACAGAAUGGACCACCUUCGCGUGGGGGAAUGCUCGCAACUCUGCACUUGUCGUCCGCCACGGAGACGGUCAUGUCUCCUUCCUGCACGAAAGUCAGACAUCGACAUCGAUUACCAAGGAAUUUCUUCGCACGGGGAGACUCCCAACACCCAGGCAUGAUACAAACGUAUCGGUAUAUUCACCCGGCAUGCACAGGCCUCCUGUUUCGAAUCCAUACAAAGUCCCCAUCCUAGCGCCUCUAGAGUAACAAGCUCUUGGUGUAUCAGAGGCUAGGGGGUGCCUAUGGGCUUGUACAGAGAUCAGGGCUUAGAUCAAUGCAUCCGCGUGCCAAGAUUGUACUUUUUUAACUUCAUCCUGUGUCCUUCAAACUACUUCGUUUCUGUUAAUAGAUG